GGUACUUGGUUUAUCUCCAAACAAACCCUUAAACUUUUGUGGGAUAAGGCUCUCUCCUGCUUGGCAGGGCACUAUUCUGUGUUAAAAUGUUUGACGUGGUAAAGUGAGGUUGUUAGAAAACCACAAACAUUUGUGGUCCCGGUGUGUCUGAGGGUGCCUGGGUGAGUCAGGCUGAGUGCUGCACGUGGGUUCUUCCCGUUCUGGCUGCGGGCAGAUGUGUGAGGAGCCGCGUGUUUGGGUGGAGGAGCGGGCAGGCUUGCGGUGUGUCGCCCCUGCCCUGGGUCAGACUGUGACUGAUGCUCUUUCCCCAUUUUUCUUAUUACAGGACCUGAAGGCAAACAAAGAGGCAGAAAGUGAUACGUCUCUUGUGAGUGCAAUGGUGGAGGCCCAGGGUACGAUGGUCUCCCUCCUCUCUGUGUGUAAUGUAUUGGCAAGCCAUCAGGAGAGGACAUGGUACAGAUCCUCCAGCAUUUGCGAAAGGGGCAGCAUGGUGUUAAGAGGCCUGAACUGAGAUUGUGGCAGGGGAGUAAUACUGCUUCGUCCCCUUUGUCCUUGUGUCGGUGGCAUUGUCCUUGCAGGGAUGAGCACAGAUAGAGGGGGCGCUUGGUCCUCACAGUAUUGUUUUACAAAUAGUUGUGGGGAGGCGGAUUUUAGGAUGGCCGAUGGUGUGCUGUGCUUUCAUCUGGAAGCUUGUCCUGGCCUGCACCUCUUGGCGGGUGCCCAGCCCUUCCCUGGACGUGUCUGAGGCUCAAGUGUGGGCCCUCCCAGAGGAGGUAGGUGCAGGAGCCGAGGCUUUCCUCAGCCAGCGUUUGGCUGAAGGAGCUGAGAAUGAGGUGAGCAGGGGAAGGCUGGGAGCCGGCUUGUUGAGAGAGGGAUAGGCAGUGGGUCCUGGGCAGUGAAUCCAUAGAGUCAGAGGAAGUGAUGGUCAAAAGUAAGCUUUGCCUCCCGUGGACCACAGGCACUAGUCCUGAGCUGGUGUACCCCAGCAUGGCUGCAUUUCCUUGGGAACACAGGUGGCUCCCCUUGGAGAGGAGCUGGUCUGUAGUGUGAGCAUGGCAGGGUUAGGUGGGAAGGGUGCUCCGGAGGCAUCUGGGUUAGUCCUCCUCACAGCAGGGCUGACUUUCAAGCUAGAUCAAGUUGUUCCACAUUUGUCCAGUCUAGGAUUGUGUGUCUUCCAGGAUGGAGACCCCACAGCUUCUGUGGGCCUGUCCCAGGGCUGCAGUGCACUCAGACGGAAGAAUUUUUUCCUUGUGGCCAGUUGAGGUUUCCCUUGUUACACUUGUUCCCAUUGUAUUUUGUGUUUUUGCUGUGUGUCUCCGCGAAUAGCCUGCCAUUUCCAAAAUGAAGGGUGACUGUAUCUCUUCAGGGUCCCAGAGUAGGCAGGGGCCCUUAAUCCCCCAUCUUUCCCAAAAUUGAAGCAGAAUUCAAGUGGGUUUUAUACCUGUCUGCAUCCACUACUGGGGUUCACAUUUCAGACAUUGUGGAGAGGAGUUUGUUCCUUUGUGUGUGCAUGGAAAUAGAGCAGCAUUAAAUUUCAAAAAGUUUUUUAAUUGUGUUCCAUUUGCACUGUAGAAAAGAUGGGAUUUAUUUUAAGAAGCUGUUUGGAUGCUUCAAGCUGUGUUCCUGCAGCUGGUUUCUCUUAUACUCAUUUUUUAGGAAUGUUGGAGAUUUAUUCACUAAACUGGAAAAAGAUGGAGAUGGAAGGGUGAGCUUUGAGGGGCUGCAUUUUGGCAUGUUCAGCCUCAUGACCCCCUUUUUCCAAGGUACGUCAAUGUCUCUCAAGCAGCCAAGACUCAGCACUUCAUGAGGUGAGUUGAAAGGCAGAAAACUUUCUUUAUAAAAUGGAUCCUGGUUGAUGGCCUUGGCCUGCAGCUCCUUGGAGGUGAUUUCCAUUAGCUUUGAGUAAGGAGCCCUAAGUCAUUGCCAGUUCCCUACACAAGACAGUUGAUUUGUGUUUGAUGUUUCUACAGUGUGCUACAGGAAAUACAGGCACAAAUCCAACCGUCACACUUAGAAAGGUUUCUCCAUCUAUUUCCCUGCAAAAAAGGAGGCUAAAGAAUGGGUUCCACUGAGAACAAUUCAGACCAAGAUGCUUUGUUUCACAAGGGAGUGAUUUAAUAGGCCUUAGUUGGGCAUCUGAGGGUGGCAACCUGGGGAGACUCAGACAGUUUUUGGGUAUGGUCUGGACUUCAGCCACUGCAUGGUGACUGAAAGGCUCCCUUGGGAGCUGCCUGAGCAGGAGCAAACCCUGUGCAGGUGGGGUGGGGUGGUAAUACUGAACAACAGAGGGCUGUCAAGCCUCAUCUUUUUAUGGGAGGGAGAGGGAUGCAUAUCCUAACAGACACUCCAAUUCUAACGUUGGCUUCAGAUGUGCUGACAUCUCUGCAUCUCUUGUGACUCAGGCUGUCUGCUUUUUAGUGCGUGGAGCAAGCUUCGUCCAUAUUGUCUUUGAUGUAAAAUACUUCUUUCUCCUUAGUGCUUUUAAUUGCAAGGACUGGCAAGGCAUUUGCAAAUGCUUUUGAAGUAACUGCAGGUUAAUGCACUAAGGUGGAAAUGAAUCUCUGAUUACCUUGACAGCCUGGACAGGUUCAUCCAGGAUCCUGAACAAAACAGCUCCAAAAAAAAGAGAAAAAGAAUUGUUUCAAGUUAUUUUAGCCUAAGACUUUGAGGUAACGGUUUUCUGAAGAUAGGCUUCUCCCAAACCUGGAAUGAAAUCAGUGCUCUUGGAGAUGUUACCAGUUCUGUACCAGUUUUCUGGUUUCUGCUUUUUUGGUUCAGCUUGGCCGAAUCUCAUUUACUUUUGAAGCUGACUUUAACCCACUUUUAGCUUCUAGAUCAAACAAAAUAUUGGCUGGCAGUCCACAUCUGACAGUUUUCACAAGACCCGCUGAUGCUAUAUGACUUUCCACAUUGUUUCCACAUUGGUCUGUGGACCAUAUUCACAUAUCUGUGCAUACGGGGUUUUCAUGAGUUAGCAGGGAGACAAAAGUAUGUGGUCCGUGCCUGCCAACCUGCUCCUUGUGGCUGCCUUAAGGACAGCUCAGGAUAUCACCCUCCUGGCAGCUUGGGCUUCUUUUUAGAACGUUCUCCAAUAUUGGCAGGGUCCCAGGAGUUUCCUUUCAGCAUUGAAAGCUGCCUGUUUUUCUUUGCCAGUUUUGCCCCACUGACUUGCCUCUGCUGCUUUUUUCCUCAGUGUCAGAGAGUGCUCAGGGAAGGAGUCCAUCCUUCCAGCCAAACUGUGUGGGCCCACAUCAGCAACGGCACGAGAUUUGCCAAGGCUGAACUUGCCAUUGCCUUCUGAGCCCUGGAAGAACUUAGAGAAGAUCCUCAGGGUCUCUGGUGCUGCCUUGACCAGUGGUGGUGGGUGAAGUGAGCAGCAAGGCCUUCCAGCAAGCAGCCGUCCCGGGGUGGAAGAAGCACUUGCAGUCAGAUGCUGAGGAGCAGCACAGAGGAGCAGGUGAGCCUGGCAGAGCAGCCUGCAGCUCUGGACAACACACUCGCAGUCCCCAGGAGUGGGCUUCAGCAUGCAGCUGUCACCUCCUAUGGAUACAAACUGCAGUGCCUCAGGAUCCAAGUGAGGCAGAUGGCCAGGGAGAGGGACAAGGCAAGGUUGGACUUGGAGAAAGCAGAGAGACGUUGCCUGCAGCUUGGCAGGGAGUUGGACAAGCAGUACAUCGCUCUCAAGCACACCCAGAGCAAGCUCAAGGAUUUUCAGGCAGAAAUAGAGGCAAAAGAGCUGCUUUUGCAGCAAGCAGUCAGUCACCAAGCGAAGCUAGAGGCUGAUACACAAUUUCUACAGGGCAAAGAGGCCAGCUUGCAAGGGAGACUGAACCACAUGAUGAAGGAGAACACGCAGCUACAAAACAGGGUCACAGAGAUGGCUGAGAAACUGGAGGCCUCUGAGAAGCUGGUGUUGGGGCUGCAGAAAGAACUCAAUCACGUUGUGGAGGUCAAGCUGGGCCAGGUGGAGCCCCACAGCCCAGAGCUCCUGAACCAGAGUGGGCGCUUUGCAGAAAUUGUCCUGGACUACGAGCGGCAGUGCAAGGUGCUGUGGGACCAGAAUGGAGUGCUGCGAAGGGAGCUGGAAAGGCUGCGUCUCCAGCUGCAGGAGAGCAGGGCUGAGAGAGGGCUGCUAGCAGGAGUGUGCCGCUCCCCCAGCCCUCUGGUUCCCGCUUCUGCGUGCACAGAGAUGUCACUCUCAAUGGAGCAACUCCAAGAGCAGCUGCAGGACCUGAAAGCGCAGCUGGAAACCAAGAUAAAGUGUUACGAGGAGGAAAUUCAGAUAAUGAGGAAAAACUUUGAGAGAGAAAGUAAGGACAGUGAGGAAAGAUUCCAGAUUGAGGUGCACAAGAUGGAAGACCAGAGAAGAGACCUGAAAGAAACGGUUGCAAAGUACUGGGCUGUAACUGAUAGCCUGAAAGAGCAAAAACGUUUGUGGAGCCUGGAGGUGGAGGAGAGGUUUGAGAUGGAGCAGGCCAGGGUGGGACAACAGCACACCGAAGACGCUUGCCAUCCAGGACAGCAGCUGGACCAGGAGGGAGAAGAGCUGAGGAUGCAGCGCAGGGACAGAGAGAGCUUGAGGGAAGAGUUGUGCCAGCUGAAAAGUCAAUUGGAGAGACUCCAGCAAGAGCUGAGGCUAGCAAAGGAGAAGAGCAGCAAACAUGAUGAGAGACACAUGAGCGAGAUGUGCCGAGAGAACGUGGAGGAGCUGGCUGAAAUAGCAGAGUUAACAGCGUCGGGUGAGAAGAGCAAGGGGGAGGUCUCCCACCUGAAUGUCAGGAUGCAUCAGCUGGGUGGUAAAUUCACUGAGCACAAGGCUGGCCACAGUGCUGGCCCUGCCACUGUCCACCUGCGGAGCCAGAGGCUUGUGGAGGCUGAGUGGCUACAAGGAGCAGAGAUGGCCGCAAGGCUGGAGCACCACCAGCAGCACGCAGCCUGUCGGAUGGAGACAGAGCUGCUCCAACAGCAGCUCAGGGCCUCGCAGGGGAAGCUUUUAGAAGCUGAAGGAAGCCUGAGCCUGGCCCAGAUGCGGCACGCUCUGCAGUUGCAGCAGGCCAAGGCCCAGAUGAACAACAUGGUGCCAAAGAAACAGUUUGAGCAGCUGCAAACCAGCUUGAGAGAGGAACAGUGCAAGUCUCAGCGGCUCCAGGAAAACCUCCACUGGCAGGCUGAGCAGACAUCCAGGCAGCUGAUCAGGACGCAGGAGGAACAUGAGCGUCUGCUGCAGGCGGCUGUGGAGCAGGCAGAGGGGCUGGAGCACAGUCUGAGGAGUGCUGAAGCUGUGCUGGCAGACAGGGUGGCUCAGCUCAAAGAUGCCCAGGCCCAGCUCUCCAGGAACAAACUGCUGAUCGAAGACCUCCGUGAGGAGAACAGAGGGUUUGCAAUUGCCCUGCAGGAGGCUGAGCUCAAGCAGAAGAGCACUGAGGAGAAGAACCAGCUGCUGGAGGAGCAAGCCUCUGCUUUGAAGCAGCUCAUCGGAAAAAUCACGCCAGCAUCUCUGAGCGGGUGAUGGGGCAUCUGCUGUAGCAGCCCUGCCCCUGGCUGUGGUUUGUCGGGUGUGGAAGGGGAGGUAUGGCUGGGCUGGGAAGUCAGCCUUGUCCUCCCUGGUCUUGCCAGGAUUUUACUGGGUAGAAAGUAGAAAAGGGAGAAACCAGACAGGGUUCUGUAAGGAAACUGGUCCUGCAGAUAGCUGAAUCUUCCUGCUGAAAGCACAAGCUUUGGUGCUUUUCUCGGUGGCAGAGUGUGCUGUUCUAAGUCAGGUGUGCUCAGGGCAGCCAUCCCCCAGAAGCUGCCUGCACUCUGGCAGUGUGUUUGGUGGUGGUGCAGAUGUUCCCUCCCUGCAGAAGGUUGCUGCUGGGACCAUGCUGUUAUGGCUGGAAAGCCAGGGCAGGAGGGCUUGCAGGAUCCUGCUCCUAGCUCUCUCCAAGCAGGAAAGCUGUGUUGUGGCAAAAAAUAAAAUGUUUGCAAUAUUACAGCA